UGAGAGUGAGCAUCUCUAAAGCUAGCCAAGUGAAGACAGAAAACUAUAGCAAGCAGAUAUACUAGAGGAUUAGAAGUAACCAUGGCAGGCAGUGUUGAUUAACGUUAAGAUUAUGAUUUUGACCCUAGAUUGUCAACCUUGAAUUUCUUUAAAGUUGCUCCAAAAGAGAACAAUGUAAAGUUGGUUUGAUUUGAAUAGAGAGAAGGAAAGGAGGAAAAUUGCAAAGUGGGGAAUCCUAAGCUUGACGAGGGCAACAGUGAAGAUGACACAAGCAUUGUCUCCUGAAACACCAAGCAUCGCCAAGUGGGGUCGCUAAAUUGAAACGAGAUAAAAUUAAAAAACAUCCCAAUCUAACUCUCUCCAAUGCAAUCUCUUAGUUCAUUUAUUUCCUCUCUUCCACUUUGAUCUAAGCCCUUCAAAUAGUUUCUCACAAUCAUUCCAGCUUCUCUACUCUCUCUACACACAAAAAGAAGACAUGAUUUUCAAGGAAGAUGAGACUGAAGCCAUUGAAAUAGCCACCAACAUGCACCAAGUUGAAUCAAGAAUCUACAGCAGCAGCAGCAAUCGAGAAACUGAAGAAAGCAAUCCAGGAGAGUGGUUGAAUCUGAGCCUAGGUGGAAAUUCUAUGUCAGCAGCAGGAGAUAGUUCACUCUCGACAGCAGGAGACUAUGAUCUACAGUCAAGACCUACUUCCAGCAAGGUUUUCUCAUGUAACUUUUGCAGGAGGAAGUUCUAUAGUUCACAGGCACUUGGGGGCCAUCAAAAUGCUCACAAGAGGGAGAGAGGUGCAGCCAGAAGAUAUCACUCCCAAAGAAUGAUGACAAUUAUGGGUUUUCCAAUGAGUACUCCGGUGGGCAGAUCGCUUGGAGUCAGACCCCAUGCACUUGUGCACAAAACAAGUAGAGAAGGAACUGGAACUACUGUUGCACCAAGAUUUAAUGAAGUCAAUGGAGGGUUUGGAAUGGCAUGUCUGCCCUUCACGCUUGAGGACGCAAUGGAUUUGAUGUGGCCAGGCAGCUUUCGGUUCGAUGCACAACCACCAGAGCCACCAUCAGAACCACUCGAGCUUGAUUUAAACCUUCGGCUCUGAUCCAUUCCACUAUUCUAGUUUAGAAUCUGUUCUCAUGUUGAUUCUAUUCAAGUAGUUUUUGACCUGUCAUCCAUCAAAUACAGAAGCUAAUAUAUGAGAGCAACCAACCUAUCUGAAAAUUUCACCUGAUAAACACUUGUUCUCCCUUGUAAAAGUAGAAGAAACAUGAAGAAUGACCUUCCAUGUAUGCAUGCCACAGCACAAGAGAAAACUUAUAACUUGCCCCUGCUCUUCAGUUACAUACUGAGAAAUAAAUGCCCCCAGACCUAAUUGAGAAAUAAAUGCCUUCAGACCCACUUAUAUGGCACCAAGUUUGUCAGGAUUUUUUUCUUAAUCCUAAAUAUAAGGUACAAACUUUUUACUCCAACUUACAUUUCUUAAUGUUAUAACAAUUUUUGUUCUGUUUUAGUCGAGUUUCAGGGGAUGUGCUAGUUCUUUUCCCCCUUUCUAUGUAUCAUGUUAAGUGCAAGUCUGCGCACCUAUGUGAACACCUUUGCACAUGUUUAUGUAUAUAUUCCUCAUGUAUAGCAGCUUUUCUGUUGUUCAA